GAGAAGGAAAAUGAAAAAGCUAUAAACCACUUCUAUAGACUGAGUUGGUGGAAGUGAAACAGUUCGGAGAAGCGACAGUUUCUGUUUUAAAAACUUUUCUGCUUACAGAAACGAUAUCGCGAUUAACUUUCGGAAUUUUAUAUAAAAGGAUUAACCACUAUUGUCAAACUGACGACGGAGCAACAUAUUAAUCGAUUUAAUAUACCUCCUAGAUUUAUGAAAAAAUAUACGUUGUUCAACAUGGUUACGAAUGAAAUCGUUCAUCCAGCCCUCCCUUACUCUAUGGGAUACAUUUCUACUAUUCCAGUGCAGAUAAAUGAAUCUACAGUUCAUUAUCCGACUGCAGUGGUUACUUUUCAGAUGUGGAAACAAUUGUUCGGAAUGGAACAAAUAUGGCAUAUGGAAUUUUAUCAAUGGUUCUCUCAGUAUCCUGAAGUUUGGCACAUUUCCUGUUUGAGAGAAUCGGAUAUUCCUCCUCGAGGAUGGUACAAGUUCGUUGAUUCGGCGAAAGUAAGAUUCUGUUGCGAAAGCUGUGGUCAUGGUUGGACAUCAAUGAAAGGAAGGGUGGCCUUUUGGUUUACUUUCUAUAACAACAUGAAGCAAGGAUUCAUAACUUUCAAAUUAUAUGGACAAAUCUGUGAUAAAUGUAAUACUGGCAAAUAUGAGACUGCUAUGUGGUAUCCGGAAGAAGUAAACAAGGUGUUGAGAAAUUUGUAUUUCAAAGUAGGUCAGAAACUAUAUGGUGUCAAACAACCUCCUAUCAACAGAAACAGACGACCAGGCAAACCCAGAACUCCGCAUAAUAGCAAUUUGUGUCAAGCAUGCAAAGACGGUGUGUGCUCCGAGCCAAGAUGACCAAUAAAUAGUUAAUUGUACAUAAAAAAAAAUAUUUUAUUUUUAUAUAAAGUUAAAUCUACAAAUUAAAAAAAAUAAAAUUUUUCCAAUACAAAUUAAAAUAAGUUUAUGAUAUCUUUGAAAAUAAAUGCCAUCCACUUAUAUAAAACUAGUCAAAUUUGAUAAGUCAAUUUUCUUUUUUGUACUUCAAAACAAUGUUUAAAUGUCAUCAAUUUUAUUCCUAAUUUUUUGUUUUUACUAACAAACCUGUGAUAAAUGUCUACUAUUUAUAUACUUUUUCAAGUUACAAUUAUUAAAUUUUCUCUCUCAUAUUUGUGCCUGAAAUUAUUAUUGUCAAUCUAUAACAGAUAUAAUUUAAUCAUGAAACAACAUGUAUGUUUAAAAGUUCUCAAAGAUACACACAAUAUAAAAAUAAUACAAUUCCAUUUUAAAUUAGUUGAC